AUGGACUUCGUUAACAAGCUCACCGGCGGCUCCCAGGGCGGCCAAGAGAAGAAGCAGGAGGAUCCCGAGCAGAAAUCUAGCGGCGGCAUCGUGGACAAGCUCCAUGCCAUGGCCGGAGGUGGCAAAGAGAGCGAAAAGAACGAGGAUGCCCUCGAUAAAGGGGUCGACUGGGUCCAAGAGCAUAUACUAGGCCAAGGGGAUCAAAGCAAUGAGAGCGCUGUCGAGCAAGCCAAAGACGAGCGGAUAUCAGACUUCAUCCGCGACCAAUACAAGAAGACGACAGGCUCCGAAUUCCCGAUCAAGGACAAAGAGCGAUUCUGA